CAGUUUUAUACAAAUUCAUGAGCUAAUUGUUGAGGGACAGCUGGGCUUGACUUGCCGUGGAUGCCUAUCACGAUAAAGCUCAGCUAUAAAUCGUACUCUAUAUAUGUUGAUUCAGUGGACCAUAUAUCAGUACUAUUCUAUCUCAGUUUUAAAAUGUACAGUGUAUAUAUAAAAAGACAUAAAAUAUAAAAUAUCAUCCAAAAGAAAUUAUCUACUGAAUAUGUUGUUUGCAUUUUUAAAAUGUGCUCAAAUGCAGUGCCUAUGCAAAUGUGGGGUGGCCCGUUUUCAUUCAAGCAUAAAUCCUGACAGAGAAAAACAAGACACCAGGGUGACUACAAAAGAGAAAGCUGGGUCACUGAGUGUAGAAUUUUACUUGAAGUAUUUCAACAGUUUUCAUUUUUGGACUGAACAUUUGUAGGAAAAAAUGGGAAUAGCUGUAAUCAUCGUCCUCUGCAUUUUGGCAGGUAUUACUCAGGGUGAGGUGUUUUUAAAACCAGACAGACCCUAUUUAAGGGUGUCGCUCUCUGACUCUGCUGACUUGAAGUGCUGCUACGAAGGACAGUCACAACUCCUCAUUUGGAUCAGACGUGUUAAAUCUGCCAAUAACACUCGCAGUCUGGAAAGGAUGACUUUUUCGAAACGUGUGACUGAAGGAAACUCUCCAGAGGAUGAUGCGUCGUGCGGCACCCUAAAGUUCACAUCAGUCCAGCUGAAUGACUCUGGACUGUACCAGUGUUAUCUGAAUAGCACUCAACUCUUCACUCAUGGCACCUACCUUCAUGUCUACAAGCCACUGGACAAGACAAUAGACCUCAAGGAAAGCACCAAAAACAAGAUCCUGACAGCUGAGGGAAUCCUACUGUUAAUGUGUGUGCUGGUGCCUUCUGCUACUCUUCUGUUCAAGUCAAAGACGCUACAUACACUGGAGAAGAAGAAAAUGAAGAAGGAAGAGGAAAACAUAUACCAGGGGCUGAAUCUGGAUGAUUGUUGUGCAACAUAUGAUCAGAUUGAACGCUCCCAGGCACAGGGUCCAUACCAGGAUGUGGCCAACAUUAUGGAAGCAGGGGAUGACGUCCAGCUCGAGAAACCAUGAAAAGAAGUGGAGAAAAUUGCGAAAUGUGAUUAUUCUUUUUUUUUAGCAUCUGAAACGUAUUGCUUAACCCUGUACAAUCAUUUAAGAUUCAAACAGCCAUCUUACUACAUAAUUACGGCUGUUAACAGGAUUUUAGGUCACAUAAGUCCAAGGAGCCCUUCCACUCAUUUUAUUCAUUUCAUUUUAUUCAUUUAAAAACAGCUGCGCGUGUGUUGUCUAUGUAAUAUUUUCCUUGACAUUAAAUUGCCAAAUUUAAGGAAACAGAAUAUGAAACGUUCAUCAGAUGGUUAACAGGCUGAAAAUUACUCAAGAAAUGCCAGUUGUUGAGGAAUUUGUGUACAGAUUAAGAGCUCCUUAGCUUCAGAGUGACCCUUGUGGUGAGAUCAUUAUCAGCUUCUUUAAUGUUUAUAUAAACCUCUAUAAAAUGAACUUCUUGCAUUAUACUGUACGACUAAUGACAAUUACCUGCUUUCUAACGUUUCUGUAACUGCUGGAAGAAUAAAGAGUG